AUGGCGGCCCCCGGCUCUGAGGAGGACAAGGCGGCGGCAGGGGGAGGGCCCCCGUGCGUGGGGCGGCGGCGGCGGAGCCGGACGUUGCUGGUGCGGCACCUGCCCGCCGACCUGACGGCCGCGGAGAAGGAGGAUCUGCUGAGGCACUUCGGGGCCGCGUCCGUGCGGGUCCUGUCCGACCAGGGGCGGCUGAAACAUACAGCUUUUGCUACUUUCCCCAAUGAAAAUUCAGCUGUAAAGGCAUUGUCAAGACUGCAUCAGCUGAGACUUUUAGGUCACACUUUAGUUGUUGAAUUUGCAAGGGAACAAGACAAUGUUCAUGUUCUUAGCCAACCUUCACUCUCAGAGAAAAAUAAAAGGUCAGAAGAACCAGUGGAAGAAGAGAGAGAACGGAAAGAGCCAAGCUGUCCUAAAAUAGAGAAUGGAAUUGCUCCCAGCCAUGGGCUAACCUUUCCUAUAAACUCUUGCCUCAAAUAUCUAUAUCCACCGCCUUCAAGUACAAUCCUAGCAAAUAUAGCAAAUGCCUUGGCAAGCGUGCCUAAAUUUUAUGUACAGGUGCUGCACCUGAUGAAUAAAAUGAAUCUACCCCCUCCCUUUGGACCCGUUACUGCUCGACCACCCAUGUAUGAAGAAUAUUUACCAGCGCCUGUGCCGCCGCCACCUAUCCCACCACUGCCUCCGGAGGAGCCUCCUUUGCCUGAAGAAGAGGAAGAUCAGGAAUCUAGCAGAGAAGAAUCUGAAUAUGAAAGUGCUGAUGAGGAAGAAAAGGAGAGAAUGACUAAAUUGAUGGAAUUAGCAGCCAUUCAGCCUAAAAGACCAAUAUCCACAAAGCAGCGUAGUGUGAGAAAAAAGCAAAAGAUAAAAGACUUGCUGAAUGCUCCCACAUCUGCUCCCCACAGUAAUCUGCACCCUACACUAUCACCUUCGGAUGUGUUUGAGCAGCCACAAUCUGUUGGUCAUAAAAAAAUUAAGUUCCAAAUUUCUGCAGACAUUCCGGAUGUUCUUCAGAAAAGCUUAGAGAGAGACCAAAACAAUGAUCUUUAUGCAACUUCAGAAGAAAUAACUAAUGCAGGAUUUGGAAAGAUCUUCCCAGCUCCUAGCUCUAAUGAUAAAGAGGACACCGAAGAAGAAGAAGAUGAUGAUGAAAUACCAUCAGAAUUUGUUUCUAGAAGGGAAUUGGAAAAAGGCAGACUUUCUAGAGGAGAAAUGGAAAAACUUUCCAUUUUCAAAAACUAUGAGCCAGGUGAUCCAAACUGCAGGAUUUAUGUGAAGAAUUUGUCAAAACAAGUUCAAGAAAAGGAUCUCAAGUUUAUUUUUGGAAGAUAUGUUGACUUUCAAUCAGAAACUGAACGAAUUAUGUUUGACAUACGUUUGAUGAAAGAAGGUCGCAUGAAAGGACAGGCUUUCAUUGGCCUUCCUAAUGAAAAAUCAGCUACCAAAGCCUUAAAAGAAGUAAAUGGAUAUGUUUUGUUUGAAAAGCCCAUGGUGGUUCAAUUUGCACGAUCUGCAAGACCAAAACAGGAUUCCAAAGAAGAGAAAAGAAAAAGAUAGAACAAUGCUAAAGAAACAUUCCUGCGUAAAUACUGCAGUAAUACUGUCAUGCAGAGUGUAUCCUUUCUUGUUGUAUCCUUUUUUGUGCAAUGUUUUCCAUAGCACUCAAAUACCUCCAAGUUCUCUUUUAGUGUAGGUGCGGGGAGGAAUUUAUACUCUUUUUUUUACAAUUUUGUAAAUCUCUGUUAAAAUAAGUAAGAUACUUUAAAAUUAUAAAGGGGACUUUUUCAGGGAGAAAGCUAGUGAAUCCGGUCACUUAUUUACUUAGAGGGACACCACGAAUGUUUCUAGUCUCAAAAUGUGACCUUUCCUCCCUGUUCCUUCUCUAAAUCCAUAUAAUUCUUUAUUUUAUGGGCCAGAUCCUGAACUGGUGUAAAUUGGCCUUGUUCCAUUGACUUCAGUGGCGCUAUGCUGACUUACAUCAGCUGAUGAGCUGGCCCUAGAUGUUCCUUUUUAAAAAAUA